AUGACACGGAGAACAUCGAGUCGCACUGGAAAUAAGAAGCAAGAGACGGGUCAGAACGAGGUUCCAGACGGAAACGAUGAAGAAAUGACACCACGUGGAGCAACAGACGACCCAGAAGUCAGGAGAAAUAGACGCAGAAGUUCAAACAACGCUCCAUCCACUUCCACUUCUCAUGCCGUUCCAGAAUCUUCCACUGAGAUGGCAUUAACUUCAUCGAAUGACGAACCCCCGGCAUCCAACAUCGUCAACAGAAACAUAAAUUCUGAUGAAGAAGAGGAAGUAGAUGACGAGGCAGUUCCUCAAAAUCCCAACGAAAAAAGUGGUUCAGCAGCCCUAGAAAGUUUUCAAAGAAGAGAGAUGAAAUCUGGUAAUGUCAGUCCAGCUUCGUCCAAGUUCGGUUCGAGGCCUGGUUCAGGAGAAUCUAGUCGCACCUCGGACAACGGAUCAGACUUCUCGAGACCUGGUAUCGGUUCAACACCACUCAAUGGACCAAGUUACAGUCAACGUCCAAGUGGUGAACCCAUGCCAUCGACGUCAGAUCUGGAAAUCGUUGAAAGGAAACAGACUGAACACAAGGAACGAGAAACGACGCACGAUGAGGUUUCAGAAGGAGACGAUGAAGAAUAUACAGCGACACCUUCAGACCCCACUUUGAUAUGCGAAUUCGUUGGACGGUUUCUUCAAACCGCAAGAAUUCCGCCGUGUUUCAAAAAUGAAUCAAGUGUUAUCUGCUCUACCUGUCUUGAUUAUUUCGAGUGUUACUGGGUACCUAUUCUUUCAUACGGGUCAGCGAGGAGAUCUCGCAGAUUGAAUGAACUCAAACGACCACAAGGUUAUCUUCUACGGAAUAUUGGAAUUCGACCCCUUGGCGCCUACAUUUCCGCCUCACAAGAUUCGAUAAUAUGUGACUGGACUGGGAGAAGUCUACGAUUCGUUCGAAAUCCACCAUGUGUUCAGGGGAACCCCAUCAAUAUCUGCAAUACAUGUCGGAAGACUUUCAAAAUGAAGUGGAGGCCUCCAAACAAAAUCUAUCAAAUCGGUGUAGCUGUCCGCAAAAGUGGAGUAGUUCCAAGGUCAAGGGGCUCUGUCAUGGUUGCCAAAUCCAAAUCUCAUGCAACUCCGAAAGUCCCACUCAUCUGUGAAUACUCUGGUAUUCAUCUUCAACCCAAUCAGUGGCCACCCUGUAAUUUCGACUGUUCUGUUCAGACGUUAUGUUCUGUUUGUCUGAAAUUCCUACAAGAAAAUUAUGAAUUCUUAAAAGCUAAAGGGUGGCCAAAAAAAGGAUUUCGGAAGUUGAAGAGAUCGCCAACAAAACAAGAUCCAAAGCGAGUUCCAGGACCAGACAGAGUUUUGAGUCCGUCCCCGUCCGAGUUAGCACCGGGGCCCAGCCAGCCAACGCAGCCGCAAAUGAAUCGUCCAGCACCAAAAAGACGGAGAGACGUGGAUUCAGAAGAGAGCGAAUGA